AUGGGAUCGGUCCAAGAAGGGAACAAUGCCGUUCGCCUGCCCGUGAUCAAUAUUUCAGAAUUCUCUGUUGGGGUUGGCAAGCAACUACUUGACGCCGCCAUCAGAUAUGGAUUUCUCUACAUCGAUACCGAUGGAACUGGCUUCACCGAGAGUAUGGUCGACCGGGAAUUCGAACUCUCGCGCAAUUUCUUCGCAUUGCCAGAGGCACAAAAGAAAAAGUGCCUGAUCGAUGAAACAAACCGGGGCUGGACAGGUAUGCAUGGAGAGAUACUCGACCCAAAGACGCAACGAAAGGGCGACUUCAAAGAGGCAUUCAACAUGGGGGAGUUUCUAAACGGAGAGCCCCGGCAACCAAUGCCCCAAGCCCUCGAACCUCACAUUAAGGAGCUGGCUGAUUUCGAGAGGACUUGCAAGAAGGUCUCUGAUCGGAUCCUGGAUCUGCUCGGACUGGGCCUAGAAGUUGACGAACCUGACUUCUUCUCAUCACGACAUACACAGCCUAGCGGAUGUACCGUUCGCUUCUUGCAUUACCCUUCCAUUUCUGCGGACGUGGAUUACCACCCAGAAGUAGAUAUUCGGGCUGGCGCUCACUCAGACUAUGGGAGCAUUACUCUUCUAUUUCAACGCCCCUCGCAACCUGGACUGCAGAUCAUGACUUCAGACCAAAUGUGGGCUCCUGUUCCCGUUAUUCCCGACGGUUAUACCUCUGCAACUUUCCCGCCAAUCCUCGUGAAUAUUGCCGACCUGCUGUCAUAUUGGACCAACGGCCUUCUAAAAAGCACCAUCCAUCGCGUCAUCUUUCCUCAGGAUUCUGGGCCAGGUGGCGGGGAUCGUUACUCUAUUGUAUACUUCUGCCACCCAGGAAAUGAUGUGGAGCUAGUGCCGGUGCCGAGUAAGCUGGUCGCCGCACAUGUGCUGGAAGAUGGGACGCAGGUCGGAUAUGGAGGAGGUGCGGCGACCAAGCGUGCAAUCACGGCGAAGGAACAUCUGAACAACCGGCUGCAGGCAACGUAUGAAUUUCGGAUACAGAAGACGAGUGAGGAUGGCCCUGCUGCAUGA